UUUCCCGCGCUCGAGAGUUAGAGAGAGAAAGUGAAGAGAGAGAGAAAGGGAGGGAAAGAAGGGGCUUUCAUAGGACGCUUCAAACCCUCGACUUUUGGCUCGCUGAUUUGGUUUCCCUCUGAUCCAGAAUCCUAGAGAGAGAGAGAGAGAGAGAGAGAGCUACAGAGAGAGGCUUACAGAGAGAGAGAGGAGGAGGGAAGAGAGAGGCGGUGAGAGAAGGGCGAUCAUGGAGUUCUGAUGCAGUUUGCGGUGUUUAAAUGUUAUCGCAUGAAAAGAGGAAGAUUUCUAUGGCGGGCGUCUGAGUAAGGUAGAAGCCAUGGUUUUGGAUCAAGCAGCGUCUCCGAGCAAGGUGGAGUGAACAUGGGUCCUGUGAAAAUGGAGGAAAUAAAGCCCCUGACUUUAUCAAGUAAUUUGAUUUCAGAUGGCGGAGGAAUGGAAGCCAGGCUUCUGGAGUUUUGCAAGAUGGGCUUGUUGCUUGAUGAGAACACCACAACCCAGGCGAUGAGCCUGUUCAGAGAAAGCAAACACCUUCUCCUUGCAAAUAUGUCGGCACUUGGAAGUGGAACUCCUGAAGAAACCGAGCGUUUCUGGUUUGCUUUUGUGUUGUUUAUUGUGAAGAAAUUGGGGCCUGCAAAGAAUACGCAUGAGAAAAUUGAAUCUGGGUUCACGUUGUCCCAGAUUCUGAGAGUUGCAAAGCUUAAUGCUGUGGAUUUCUUCAAAGAGAUGCCUCAGUUUUUUCUCAAGGCCGGUUUGAUUCUAACCAACUUGUACGGCUCUGACUGGGAAAAGAGACUUCAGGCAAAAGAAUUGCAGGCGAAUUUUGUGCACUUGGCGGUUCUAAGCAAGUACUACAAACGUACGUACUUGGAAUUUUUCUUGCCAAGUGAUCCAAAUGAUAUGAAGCAGUCAGUGGUUGCUAUUGGUGCAGAGCCCAUCUCUGACUAUCUUCGAUUUGGAUGGUUGCUGUUUUUGGCGCUGCGAAUUCAUGCGUUUAGCCCGUUUAAAGAUGUAGUGACCUGUACAAAUGGUUUAGUUUCUAUCUUGGCCAUUUUGAUAAUUCAUAUGCCAGUACGCUUGCGGAAUUUUUCUCUGAGUGAUUCCCAACGCUUUGUUAGGAAAGCUGACAAGGGUGUGGAUCUCAUCGCAACUCUUAGCAAUAUCUACCAGACAUCGGAAGAUGAUCUUAGGAAAACAGUUCAAAAAGCUACUAAUUUAAUAGUUCAUAUUCUAAAGAAAAAACCUCAUUCGGUCUCAGAGAGCAAACCAGAGAACCUGAAGGACAUUGAUACAGAUAGUUUCACCUAUUUUGAAGGUCUUAUGGAGGAAGAAUAUUUGGCAUCGAGUAUACAGAUUCUGGACAAAGAUUAUGAAGAUGCAAUAUGUGAUAGGGAUGACUUUGAUGAACGUGGAUUUAUACAUGAAGAUGAUAGUCUAUUUGGCACUGGUAGUUUAUCUGGAGGUGCCAUUAACUUGUCUGGAUGCAAGCGAAAAUAUGAUUGCUUGGCUUCCCCAACAAAGACAAUUACAAGUCCAGCCUCUCCACCAGGCUCCCCUUCUGCAUCACCAAUGAAUGGUAGCUCAGCCAAUGCUAACUUUAAGAUACCAUCCACCCCAGUAAGCACAACCAUGACAACUGCUAAAUGGCUCAGAACAGUCGUAGCCCCACUUCCUCCUAGUCCUUCACCAGAAUUGGAGCACUUUCUCUCAUUAUGUGACAAAGAUGUGACCAAUGAUGUUAUGCGUCGAGCCCUCAUAAUAUUAGAGGCCAUUUUCCCAAGUGCUCCCUAUGGGGACCGAUGUGGCCUUCAAAGUGCAACCCUAAUGGAUACUGUUUGGGCAGAGCAAAGAAGGAUGGAGGCCCUUAAAUUAUACUUUAGGGUUUUGCUAGCUAUGUGCCGAGCUGAAUCCCAAAUUUUGCACAAUAACAACUUAACAUCAUUGUUAACAAAUGAGAGAUUUCAUAGGUGCAUGCUUGCUUGCUCAGCUGAACUGGUUUUGGCGACACACAAGACAGUGACUAUGAUGUUCCCUGCCGUUUUGGAAAGGACUGGUAUCACAGCUUUUGAUCUGAGCAAGGUGAUAGAGAGCUUUGUAAGGCACGAGGAGACACUUCCUAGAGAGUUGAAGAGGCAUCUAAAUUCUUUGGAAGAAAGGUUACUGGAGAGCAUGGCAUGGGAGAAAGGCUCUUCCAUGUACAACUCUUUGAUUGUUGCGAAGCCUAGCCUUGCAGCAGAGAUAAAUCGGUUGGGCUUGCUUGCUGAUCCAAUGCCUUCAUUGGAUACAAUAGCAUUGCAUCAUAGCAUUUCUAGUGGAGGAUCGCAAACAUUACCUGCAUUGCACAAGCAUGAGACUUCUCCAGAUAAAUAUUCAGUUGUCAUGUCUCCCAAAAGAGUUUCUACUGAAGCUGUGGGUGUACUGGGUGAGCGUAAUUCAUUCACAUCACCUGUUAAAGAGAGAUUGUUGGCUUUCAACUGUUUCAAAUCAAAGUUGCAACCUCCUUUGCAGUCCGCCUUUGCAAGCCCAACACGGCCCAGCCCUGGUGGAGGAGGGGAAACUUGUGCUGAAACAGGAAUAAGUAUUUUCUUUAGAAAGGUUCUAAAAUUAGCUGCCAUAAGAAUCAAGAGCUUGUGUGAAAGGCUACAGCAACCCAACAAUGUCAUGGAGAGUGUUUAUAGUCUUGUGCAACAGAUCAUUAAUCGCCAAACAGUUCUAUUUUUCAAUCGGCAUAUUGACCAGAUUAUCCUUUGCAGUUUUUAUGGUGUUUCUAAGAUUUUCCAUUUAAACUUGACCUUCAGGGAAAUCAUUUUCAACUAUAGGAAACAACCUCAAUGCAAACCCCAGGUCUUUCGGAGUGUCUUUGUUGACUGGCCAUCAACAAGCCGCAACGGGAAAGCAGGGCAGGAGCAUGUUGAUAUCAUCAGAUUCUAUAAUGAAUUGUUCAUAUUAGCGGUAAAGCCUCUCUUGGUGGAGCUUGGUCCUGCAGGAGUUGCAGCUAAAACUAUCAGGAUGCCUGAAGAGAAUAACAAAGCUGAUGGUCAACCUCCAGGGUCUCCCCGGUUGUCUCCAUUUACAAGCCUUCCUGACAUGUCUCCCAAGAAGGUUUCUGCAACACAUAACAUUUAUGUGUCUCCCCUUCGCUCAUCAAAGAUGGAGACCUUGAUUUCACACAACUCUAAAAGCUACUAUGCAUGUGUUGGUGAGAGCACUCAUGCAUAUCAGAGCCCUUCCAAGGACUUGACGGUCAUCAAUAACCGUUUAAACAGCACUAGGAAGGUCAAUGCUAGGCUUAACUUUGACGAAGCUGGUCUGGUAAGUGAUUCUCUUGUGGCUGGAAGUCUCUAUCCUCCCCAAAAUGGUGGCUCCAUUGCUGCUUCGGACUCUUCGGUAUUGAGCUCGCCAAUGAAGCGCAAGCUCGCAGACAGAUAGUGAUUUGGGGCCCUCACCCUUGUAUGUAGCUGAUUCAAUUUUCAUUUGUUUCUUUUUUUCUUUCUUUAAUGUAUACACAAGUCUUCAAAGUGGGCUAUAUAUAUGGGACAGAGAAGCAGCAGUUAUUAACAGUGUAGAAUCGGCAAAUCCAGCUCCUAUUGCCCUCAAUGUGCCAAUAUUGGUCAAGCUCUACAGCUUCCUUAAGCUAACCUAGUUUAAUAAGAUGCCCAUCUUGUUUGUCGCCGCCCCCCCCCCCCUUCCCCCUUCCCCCUCGCGCCCUUCAAAAGAAAGCAUUGUGCUCUGUAUAUUGCUGGUUAUGGGUCUGAUGUUUGAAUUUCUUUUUCUUUCUGGACUGGGUUCGGUAGUGUAGUGUCUUAACUGUGAUUGCUUUAGGUGUAUUCAGCAAUGUGUGACGGAUGGUUCAGAUUUUUCAGGAGCCGGAAUUGCUGUUGUAUCAAAGCCAUUAAUUUUACAUGAAAUGAAAUCUGAACUGUUGUUCAAA